UUUUAGAAAGUUCAAGAACUUGAUUGCUAUAAGCCCACUUUGCUGGAGCUGUGGAGAGGCUUUCUUUAAGACUCUUCCUUCUGUAAUGAUGGACCUGCUCUAAAAAACUCAGUCGAUAUAACGUGACCUGGCUGUGCAGCAUAACGACAACAUGAUCGUUCUCCUGCUUUUCGGGGCUUUUAUGUGCCUAGCAGUGGAUGCAAAGAAACCAACGUGUCUCAUUACUGCACCUAACAUUAUCCAUCUGGGGGAGGAGGAAACAAUCAGUGUGCAACUGCAUGGAGCCACUAAAGCCAUCAGUGUAACCCUGUCCAUCAAACAUCCAAUAGGCGGGCAGGUGUUAUCGGAGAGAAGAACCGUGACCUUAAGUGGUGUUAACCAAUACCAAGCUGUGGUGAUCCUUAAGGUUGACCCAGUUCUGUACAGACGAUUUGAUGUCACAAGGAACUCCGGGUAUAUUCAACUUGUUGCAGAGAGUGAAGUGCUUGACAAAGGAAAAGAGAUGGCAAACAUCCUUGUGUCAGCCAGAAGAGGAUACCUUUUCAUCCAAACAGACAAACCCAUCUAUAAUCCAGGAGAGCUUGUGAACUACAGAAUCUUCACUCUAGACAACUACAUGCUUCCUGUAAAAGAAGUAGUCUAUGUUCAGAUAUUUAAUUGCAAAGGCCUGGUGGUUUACAGUCACAUCAUGCAGUCUGAACAAAUCCUGGAAAGGUCUAUCAGUAUUCCAGAUGUGGAGCUGGCUGGCCACUGGAAAAUCACUGCUUCAUUUUCUAACUUUCUAACGCCUGAAACUUCAGUGGAAAUCGAGGUCCGAGAGUAUGUUCUGCCUUUGUUUGAGGUCAAUAUACAGGCAUCAAAACCUUACCUCAUGCUGAACAGUGAGAUUUUUCCAUUCAGCGUCUCUGCCAGAUACACAUAUGGAAAGGGAGUGAAUGGCAUAGCAUAUGUGCGGUUCGGACUAACUGACAGUAAAGGAGAGAGGACAUAUCUAACCGGGAUUGAAAAACAGACUGCAGUUGAGGAUGGCCGUGCAGACCUUUCAGUCCUCAGUGCAGAAUUAACGAGCGCUGCUGCUAAUCAGAGCAAGCCGAAUAUAGAGGGCAUGUACCUUUAUAUCGCUGCAACAGUUCUGGAAAAAGCAAGUGGAGAGCUGGAGGAAGCAGAAAGCUCAUCAGUGAAGAUCGUGACUUCUCCAUAUAUUGUGGAUUUAUCAAAGACAAAACCAUAUUUCACUCCUGGUGGCAUCUUCUCCAUCCUGGGCACCACAACCUACCCAGACGGCUCCAGAGUGGCACGUUUAAAGGUCAAGGCAACCAUCACCAUAACUCCAGCUGAAGUUCUGAUCGAGGAAAGCAGGAGCGACAACAUGGGGGCUAUAGUCAUUAGCUUUCCAGUGCCGAAGCUGGCUAGAACUAUGUCUAUAAAGAUGUCUGUGGAGGGACAUGAAGGGGAAGUCAUCACUAAUGCAGCUAGCAUGACAUCCACUGCCAUCCAGCCUGAGGGGAACAGUUACCUGAGUCUGGAGGUAGAGCAUCAGGUCCUAGAGCCCGGCCAAAGCCUGCAGGUCACAUUCAGAGACAUUGCACCUCCUGGAACAGCAAGGCCCUCACACAUCUACUACAUGGUUGUGAGUAAAGGGAAAGUGCUGAAGGUUGGCAGCGUCCAGAGAACAGAUCUGACCUCCACAAGCCUGGCCUUCUCUGCAGAUAUGGUGCCCUCAUUCCACUUGCUGGCCUACUAUUACAUAGAACCUGAAGGCACCAGAAUAGUGGCUGACUCGGUGUGGGUGGAUGUGAAAGACGUGUGCAAAGGGAAGAUAGAAAUAGCUCCUCUAAGUGAGCUGAAGCCUGCGCAGACUUUUGACGUGUUGGUCAGUACAGAAUUAGACAGCAAGGUGGCCCUGUCUGCAGUGGAUUCAGCUGUGUACAUCCUCAAUAAAAGGAACAAACUGAGCCCUCAAAAGAUGUUUGAGUACAUGAACUCCUACGAUCUGGCCUGCUCUGUAGGCGGUGGAGAAGACUCCUCAUCUGUUCUGCAAAGGAUUGGACUCACAUUCAUCUGCAACUGUGCAGCUGAAACGCCAAUCGUAACAAAGCAUAAAUGUUACAAUGAACGUCAUCGACACAAGAGGGAUGUGGAAUUCAACAAACUCAUCAACAGCUUCAAGCAUGCAGAAAGAAAGUGUUGUGAUGACGGAAGGAAGCUGGGCCUGAUGCUAAGGUCAUGUGAGCAAAGAAUGAAACGCACAACCCACCAAUCAGAGAGCUGCCGCCAAGCUUUCAAAAAGUGCUGUGAGGCUGCUACAGCAUUGAGAAAGAAGGAGAGAUUGAAAAGCAGGACACGCAACUUGGGACGAGUAUCCAGCAGCAUUGAGGAGGAUGAUUUGAUUGAUGAGGCUGCUAUCUACCUCCGCAGUUACUUUCCUCAGUCGUGGAUGUGGGUGCUCUUAACGCCAGACGCCUUUGGGAACAUCAGACAUUCUGCAAUUGCUCCAGACUCCAUAACGACAUGGGAGGUCCAAGCUGUGGGUAUUUCUCAAACAAAAGGAUUUUGCAUAGCAGAUCCAAAGCCUUUGAGAGUCUUCCAAGACUUUUUUUUGUCUGUUAAACUGCCCUACUCAGUGAAGAGGAAUGAGCAGCUAGAGGUGAAAGCUGUUGUGUACAACUACAAGCACGAGAGUUUAGAGGUGAAGGUGAAGAUGCAGAAGGUCGAGGGUCUGUGUAGUGCAGGUGAAGGGGACGUGGUGCAGGAGGUCACAGUGCCGGGACAGUCUGCAGUGGCUGUUUAUUUCACCGUGGUGCCUUUAAUCAUCGGGAAAAUCUCCAUCAAUGUGCUGGCUUAUGCCUCCCCCAGCGCGCAGGACCGGAUACAGAAAGAGCUCAGAGUGCUGGGCGAAGGUGAACUGGUUUCUAUCCAAACACAGCACAGCAUUGAUUCAAGGAGUGACAAGAAACUGGAAUUUGACAUCCCAGCCCCUGAAGAUGAGGUUCCGGGACAGGAUUCUACCACCUCAAUGAGCCUUAAAGGUGGAGUGAUGGGGGAGUCGGUAGAUAAUUGCCUGAACCUGGAGGGAGUGGACAACCUCAUCCAGCUGCCCACAGGCUGUGCAGAGCAGACAAUGGUGAAGAUGUCUCCUGCUAUUCAUGCCAUUAAGUAUCUGGAUGCCACCCACCAGUGGCUGUUCCUGAAAGCUGAACGCAGGGAGGAGGCUCAAGCCAUGAUCCAAGCUGGAUAUAACCGAGUGCUCACCUACAAGAAAGACGACGGAUCCUAUGGGGCCUUCCUGAAAAGACCCAGCAGCAACUGGUUAACUGCCUUUAUUGCAAAGGAACUGACACAGUCAAGGGAAAUAAUUGAAGUAAGAGAACUGUACAUUCAGGAAGCCAUGACCUAUCUGAUAUCCAGACAGAAAGGCAGUGGAGCAUGGGAUGACCCAAAUCCACUCUAUGACAAUGGAAUGAAGGGUGGAGUUGGACAGGCUGAAGAUGAUGCACCCUUGACUGCAUUCAUCCUCCUAUCAAUGAAACAUGCUAUGCAAGUGUAUGACUUGGGAACAGACACAGAGCUGAGAGUAGCUAUGGAAAAGGCUAAGUCCUAUCUGGUGCAGAAUUUGCCUAGACUGCAGAAUCCUUAUGCUUUGGCCAUUACAGCGUACGCCCUGUCUCUAAUUGAUCCUGAGAGCUCAGAAGCCCGGCUAGCUCACAGGAACCUGAUGGAGAUGGCCACGUGUGAUAUCAAACGGUGUUUCUGGAAUGUGAGAGGGACAGUGGACGGUGUGGACAGUAAAGCAGAUGCUAUCUCUAUAGAGGCCACAGGCUAUGCUCUGCUGCAUGCUCUGAUUAUGCAGGACAAGGCCAAAGCUCUACGUAUAGCUACCUGGCUGACUGAACAGCGCAAGUACGGAGGUGGAUUCCGGUCCACACAGGAUACGGUUGUAGCCCUUGAGGCUCUGUCCAAAUUCAGCAUACAGAACAAUGAUGUGGAAGAUUUGGAUCUGACCGUAGAAAUGUGUCUGAAUGAUAAGCAAAAAGAGGACAUGCGUUUAACCAAGCAUAAUGCGCUGACCCUAACAGCCAUUCAGGUCAAAGACACAGGCAAAGUGUCGCUUAAUGUGAGGGGACGAGGAAAGGGGACGUUGACAAUUGUGCAAACAUAUAGGUCUCUCAAAAAGGACGAGUCAUACUGUGACCAUUUUCACCUCAGUGUUGCAGUGGAUGGAGAGCUUGUGCUCAAAAGCCCUGACGAGGAUGAAGAGCAGCUGGAUGAUUAUUACAACUAUGACACUGAUGAAGGGUUAGAGAGGAGAGAGGAACCCAUGAGCCGAGAGGACUGGUUUGACCUCCGCACUCGCAGAAAGAGACACGCCCCAGAGCAGCUCAAGAAAGAGAGCACGCUGGUUUACACGGUCUGUGCGGGGCUGAAAACUGGGAAUUCCAGCAGCAUGGUUGUAGUGGACAUCUCACUCCUGAGUGGACUCAAACCAAACAUCCAAGACUUGGAAGAUAAUGUAAAGGGCACUGAGAGGUACAUCGAUCAUUAUGAUUUCCACCACAACAAAGUAUUUCUAUACUUUAAUAAGCUCACUGAAGAGACGGACUGUGUCCGGUUCCGUGUAGAGCAGAUCAUUCCUAUCGGACUCGUUCAGCCAGCCGCUGCAGUUCUUUAUGACUAUUACAGUCCAGACAGGAGGUGCAGCAUAUUCUACACUGCGCCCAAGAGCAGCCCCAUGCUGUCCAAACUGUGUGAGGCAGACGUGUGUACAUGUGCUGAGGGUGGCUGUCCACGCAUGAAAGUCACAUUCAGCAAGAAUAUGGAAGAAGACACCCGCAGCCGUUACGCCUGCUUUUCUUCCAUCGUUGAUUAUGUUUACACUGUCAAGAUCCUGAACUACAGCGAUGACGGCGUGUUCAUAACUUAUUCUACGGAAAUCACCAACGUCCUUCAGACAGGUAAGGAUGCUGCAAUCCAGAGAGGUGCCUAUCGAGAGAUGAUCCAGCGCGCGGCCUGUGUUGAAGUGGACAUGAAGAAUGAUGCAGAAUAUCUGAUCAUGGGGACAGACGACAGCAUCUCCAUGUUGAGGGAAAAAUUUAAGUACAUCUUGAACAAUAAGAUGUGGAUUGAAGAGGUGCCACCGGAAAAGAAAUGCAAGGCAUCCAGAAACAGGCAUGCAUGUCAACUUCUGAAGAACUUCAUCGACCAACAUCUUGUACACAAGUGCCAGUAUUAGUAUUAGUCACACAGAAGGAGAGGACGGGUUUGGAGAAAGCAUCUGGAGGACUACGCGUAGCAGAGUAAAUCGUGUGCUUUUAUUUUCAGUGCAUAUGACAAAGAAAGAAAAGCAAUUUGUGGAACAGCACAGUUUAAAGUUCAGCAGAAGCAUGUCGUAGCGUUGACCUUCUAAUGAAGAGUCCAUGUUUGGCAAUGCUUAAGUAUGACCUCUGUUAUGUAAAAGGUACUAUACCUUCUGGAAUGCGCACUUAUUAUGAAACAUUAGUCCUGUAGGAUGUAGCAUUACCUAACAAAGAUUAUGCCUUUCAGACAGUGAUGUCUGGAUCAGUGAUCAAUGUGAGAUUAACCACCGAGUCCCUGCCUUGCUUUGCCUGACGCAUUUAAAGUUCAUAUUAUGAGACGACUGGUCUUAAAAAGUGAACCUGAAACUGUUGGAACUCAAACUGAAUACUGAUUUUACUGAAAUGUCUGCCUUUAUAUGCCAAAUAUGUAGCCUGAGUAAAGAGGAUGUUAUGUCAAAUAAAGAUCACUAAAGAAUG